CGUUUCCUCUUAUCCGAACUCAGCUAAAGCACAGCAGACCUCUUAGAAGAUUAUCUGUCUCUCUCUCUGUCUCUCUGAGCAGAAGAUGUUAUCCUUGGGGAUUCAACCUGGUGUCAACGGGGCUUUCACACGCUCCUGCUUUACUCCUCAGAACCUCGGCUUCAAGCCCCUAAAAGCAUCAAUUAUUUUCAAGCCAAAGGUCUCAUCUUUACAUCUAACGACGCUUGCGGAGUUCAAAUCGAGACCCAACAGAAAAGGAGUGAGGCUUUCUGCUUCAGCUGCUGCAAUUGAAGCAUUUGAAGAAGAAACCUCCUCCGUGGAUUCAGCUUCUGUAGCUCCAGAAGAUUCAGAACCAGUUGAAGAAAAAGUGAAGCUUGGAGUGGUUGUUAAGACAAUGGAGAAACCCAGGCUUGUAUUGAAGUUUAUUUGGCUUGAGAAGAACAUUGGUCUGGCACUCGAUCAGAAGAUACCAGGUCACGGCACCAUUCCGCUAAGUCCUUACUAUUUUUGGCCGAGGAAGGACGCAUGGGAAGAACUCAAGUCCUUAUUGGAGAGUAAGCCAUGGAUAUCACAGAAAAGGAUGAUUAUCCUUCUUAAUCAGGCUACUGAUAUCAUCAAUUUGUGGCAACAGAGCGGUGGCAAUUUGUCUUAACUUGUUAAUUUUGAAAGGGGAAAAAAAUUCCUUUGCAGUUUUGUCUUACAAUUAGUUUGUUCUCUGCAUAGAUUAAGCUCUAUCUUAUAGUUGAAAUCUAUGGUGCUCUAGUUCUUUGGGCUGCUUGUAUUUCUUUACAUUUAAUUUUAAUGAAAUCUUUAUUUUUUUUCUU